CCAGCGUCCCCUCACGGAGAUGCGCAUGUCUCCUUUCAUCUCAAGGAAGAAGAGAACUUGGGAUGGUGAUGAUGGGGAAGAUAAAACUGAGGAUGGGAAGGAGUUCCAGUUCAUUUGAUGGAAAUGCAGAGAUUAACAACUCCAGCAGUACUACACCCUUUACUGUGACUCCAUACCACAAUAGCAGUUUGUCCAAUCUCACAUCAUCCACGCAAUCUACAGCAACAUCUGCAGUAGGUACUUCCACCAGUACUACUCAUCUGACCACUACCAGUCAGCCCACCAGUGCCACUAUGUCUGUCACCUUGAUGACUCAGACGACCAAAACCAGCCAGACAACAAGAUCCACCACAGCUCCAUCGGUCACAUCAUCACAACUCAAUAUUACAGUGAUGACCGCUUCCAAGAUUUCUUUCACUUCUGUAACAGCUGCAUCAACAACUGAGGCUGUCAUAGCCAAAACCUCCAGAUUUGAUGUGGGCAGUUUUGUAGGUGGCAUUGUGCUGACACUUGGAGUCCUUGUCAUUCUCUACAUCGGAUGCAAAACCUAUCAUGCUAGAAGAGGCAUUCAGUACAGAACCAUUGAUGAACACGAUGCCAUCAUUUAAAGAGACUUCAGGGAAGACAGUGGUGGAAACCCAUCCUAUCACAGCUGUUGUAACUUCUGAAAGAGUUCCCUUCAUAAAAAUGAUCACAGUCUCUAAACCUGUCCUGGGUGUGAUCCUGCAAAAUGUUGAGAAGCUCUUUAAACAUGCUGAUAUUUUUUACAUUGGCUUUCAUAAGAAGAGGAACUCUGCACUUUGUAGAGACAGUAUUUUCUUUUUCCAGUAUUUGUAACCAAAUUUAAAGAAACACACAUAUUAAGUCAUUUUAAAGUACACACACAAGUCUCUAAAACAGCUAAUUACUAGCACGGUGGAUCUCAUCAUUGCAAUUGUGAGUUCAAUUAAUUCUCACAUAUUGUGUAAAUCCAGUGUGUUCCAUAAUGGAUAUAGUAGGUUAAGUAGGAUACCUUUGAGACCAAGCAUAGGCUUUUGCAAGUAAAAUGUUUUUUUUCCUAAUAUUUUGUAUUAAACUGUAUUUAUUUUGAAGUUUGAUGUGAACUUUAGUUUAGAAAUUUUGAACAAUUCAGUUAAUUUUUAUUAGGCUAUAAAGCGACAUGGUUUGCUAACUGUAUAGAGGGUGAUAAUGAGUACUUUAAACUUCAGUCACUUGCGGAGACUUUCCUUAACAGGCUACAGAGUGAGACUACCAGCCGGAAGCACGGACAGACUGGAGAUAGCCAUCCACAACCCUUUUCUCUGAAUGGGUCCUUGUAAGAAAACAGGCUGUGCAAUCCAUAGCUGCUUUUUUCUAGCAUGUCCUAAUGAAGCAUGUGCAAUUACAGAUAAAAUAAAAAUGGGGAAAAGUAUCCUUAUAAAUAUGAUAUGAGAAUUGCUUCUAAAAAUUGGCUUUUAAGUUGAAUGUAGCAAUCACUUCAAUCUUGGUUUUAUUACUAUGAAGAUGUAUGCAGUGUUUUCUCAGCGUUUGAUAAGCAUUGCAAGUUACACAAAGAAUCUCUGUAAGAUAGUGUUUUAGAAAAAUAUAAUCCGCAUUUUUACAACUAUUUUUAGAGCUUGGUACUGCUGCACACGUGUACAGAGGUCUGGUCAAAGCCCACUGAAGGCAACAGGGCAUCUUUCAGAAGGCCUUUCAAUUAAGGCCCAAAUACACUGGAGAUCCUGUGCAGGGUGGCUGAUGCUGCUUCUAUAUCACACUGUGGUGAACCUGCUGACUUCAGUAGAUGGGCUCCUGAUUUACACUGGUGUAAGGAAGACUAGAGCAAGGAUCAAGAAACACAGGCCUGCAUCUGCUUAUGUCACUGAAUAAUUGUUCAGUCCUGCUCAGGCUCCACUUGUAGAUUUCUCCCUGGUGAAGACAGUUGAUACGGUGGGACUUGACCUAUCCUGAGUUGCUGUAUGAAUGCUUUUUUACCUUUUUCACACAUGUCCAAGGCACAGCUGACUCCAGCAAACCAUGGCUAAUGAGUAGUCAAUAGCACCAGCCAUGCACCUGAAAUGGGAGUAGCAGGACUUUUUCAUUUUUUACUGAGAUUGAGAUACAGGGGAAAGAGUGAUUUGAAGUAACUUUUGUGAG